AGAGUGAACAACAACAGUCUAAAUGGCUCAACAGGGAGUUCUGCUGGACCAGGACCAGUUCUGUUGUUCUGUCUGUCUGGAUCUACUGAAGGAGCCGGUUACUAUUCACUGUGGACACAGUUACUGUAGGAUCUGUAUUGAAGGCUGGUGGGAUCAGGAUGAUGACAAAGGGAUCUACAGCUGCCCCCAGUGCAGACAGACCUUCACUCCAAGGCCUGCUGUGAGGAAAAAUAACUUGUUGGCUGAGGUGGUGGAAAAACUGAAGAAGACAGGACUCCAGGCUGCUCCCCCUCCUGCUCUGUGCUAUGCUGGACCUGGAGAUGUGGCGUGUGAUUUCUGUACUGGGACCAGAAAGCAGAAAGCCCUCAUGUCCUGUCUGGCGUGUCUGACCUCUUACUGUGAGACUCACCUCCAGCCUCACUAUGAAGUUCCUGCUUUUAAGAAGCACAAUCUGGUCAAAGCCACCGCACAACUACAGGAGAAGAUCUGCUCUCGUCAUGACAAACUGCUGGAUAUUUACUGCCGUACCGAUCAGCAGUGUGUUUGUUAUAUCUGUACAAUGGAUGAACAUAAAGGCCAUGAUGCAGUGUCAGCUGCAUUAGAGAGGACUGAGAAACAAAGGCAGCUGGGGAUGCGUCAGCAGAAGGUCCAGGAGAGAGUCCAGGAGAGAGAGAAAGUGCUGAAGGAGCUUCAACAGGCUGUGGAGUCUCUCAAGUGCUCUGCUCAGGCAGCAGUGGAGGACAGUGAGAAGAUCUUUACUGAGAUGACCCGCUCCAUUGAGAGAAGGCGCUCUGAGGUGAAGGAGCUGAUCAGAGCCCAAGAGAAGGCUCAAGUGAGUCUAGCUGAAGGACUCCUGGAGCAACUGGAGCAGGAGAUAGCUGAGCUGAGGAGGAGAAGCACUGAGCUGGAGCAGCUCUCAAACACAGAGGAUCACAUCCAUUUCCUCCAGAGUUAUCGGUCUCUCUCCAGUCCCAGUGUAUCUUCAGAUUUACCCAGCAUCGCUGUCCGUCCUCUUCAAAACUUUGGAGAUGUGAGUAAGACCGUGUCUGAGUUGAGAGAGAAACUAGAAGACUUCCUUGAAGGAGAAUGGACCAAGAUCUCCACUACAGUCAAUAAAGUGGAUGUUUUACUGCCUCCAGAGCCCAAGACCAGAGAACAAUUCUUACAAUAUUCCUGUCAGCUCACACUGGAUUCAAACACAGCACAUACAGAACUCUCUCUGUCUGAGGGGAACAGAAAGGUGACCUCUAAACGCCAUGCACAACCAUAUCCUGAUCAUCCAGACAGAUUCAUAAACAACCGGAUGGUGCUAUGUUGGGAGGGUCUGUCUGGAUGCUGUUACUGGGAGGUGAAGUGGAGUGGGAAGUGGGUUUUUACAGCAGUCUCAUAUAAAGACAUCAGCAGAACAAGGAGUGGUAAUGCAUUUGGACACAAUGACAAGUCCUGGAGUUUAGUUUGCAUUAAUGGUGGUUAUCAUUUCAGACACAAUAAUGUUGAGACUAAAGUAUCAGACCCUCAGUCCUCCAGAGUAGGUGUGUACCAGGACCACAAGGCAGGUACUCUGUCCUUCUACAGUGUUUCUGACACAAUGACCCUCCUCCACAGAGUCCAGACCACAUUCACUCAGCCCCUCUAUCCUGGGUUUUUUGUCAGUGGUACUGCUGAGCUGUGUAAACUGUGGUAGGAGCCACAUAGAUGC